GGGGGAGGGCAGAACCUGAUGUUAACUUUAUCUGAUCUGAAAGGUGCUAUCAACCACAGCAGUGUAACAAAGGAUCUCUGCAAAGCUGCUGCUGUUUUCCAGUCCUGAAAUGUUGCUAUAAGAAAUCUUGUAUCUUUAGAGAUUAAAUAUACGUGUACAUAUAUCUGUAUGGGUAUGGGAUGCUUACCAUUUUCAUCUGCAGUAUGGUAAAGUUAGUGCUGUUACCCCACCAUACAAACAACGCUGUUGCCAAUGGACAGUGCAGGCUGUUGUCUCUGCUGAGUACAAAUGAGAGAAGAUGACUUCCCUUUUUACUUUGGACUUUCCCUCCUAGGCUACCAUUAAGCCUAAAAGUAGCAGUUAUUCUAACUGUACAUGGUACCCAAGGGCAGCUUUGCUUCUCUGUUUUAAUUUAUCUGUGUAGCUGUCUAUAUCUAAAAUAAAUUCAUCUUUUGUCACUGGUACAUAUAUAUAUACACAAACACACACACAUAUACUAGAUGUGCAUUUCCAGUAGUGCAUUUGGAGCUAAAUAAUCUUUGCUCUAUGAGCCUGCUCUGACCCAUUUUGUCUCCUAAGGGUCAGUUUACAUACCUGGCAACAAUACUCCUGCUAACAAAACAAUCUACAGGCAUUUAGGAGCAUAAGAGCACUUCUGUUCUAUUACCACUCCUAAUUUUACAAUCCUAACUGGCAAAUAUCAUCUCUUAUUAUUAUUAUUUUUAAUAUUUAUCGCAGUAAUAACCUGCUAAAGUCAUUUUCUAUUCAGAAGGAGCAAUUGAGAAAUUAAAAGCGAAGGCAGAACUAAUAGAAAAUUAGUGGGUUUUUAAGUCAUGCAACAUUUUCCAGAUUGUUCAGUAAUUUUUAUGCUUCAAUUAUAGUGUGGGAUGUGGAUGUCUUAUAUGCAGCUGCUGUUAAAUGCUUAGGCUCUGGGCACUCUUACUUGUUGUACUCCUGAAAGGUCCAACUCAAGGGUACCUUAAAAUUUGGGAGAGCCCUAGAGAGUAAAUAUUGCUAUAAAACUGCUUAUAGUAGCAGUAGGAGAGGAUGUUUUUUCCCUUCCCUUCUCUCCCCAACUCUCCAAACCCCAGGCAGUGUUGAGCGCUAUGAACAUCAAAAAAUCGUUCAUCCCUGAGGCUGACUGCAUUGUUUCCUUAGCUCUGUAUAACAGAACAAAGUUCUCUGUAAGAGAGGUGCAUUAAACCUACAGGUGAUGUGUCCAACAUAAACUUGGAGCAUGAUUCUGCUUCCUUUGAAUGCAGCUCAGUAGGACCUGGAUCUUUCCUUGCCUGGCACGCAGACUGCUGACUACAGAGGCAAGAGAAAAUGUGGUAGUGACCUGCUAGCAUCUCAGGGAGGAGGCUGCAUCCAUCUCCUACAGUGCAGAUUUUUUAUCUGCUGAUUGCAAAAAAUUCUUCCUGCAGCAGAAGUGAAAGGUCACGUCAAGCACUUCAUUUCAGCCUAUCCACCUAUACAAAUCAAACACAAGCAGAACUAGGACUACUGGUCUUCUGCCAAACUGCUCAUAAACUGCUGUGAAAAUCUUCUUUCAUAUCUUCUUGGACAUCUCACCUAUUUGCUCAAUCUGCACUAACGUGUAACAGCUCCCCAGGCUUCUCUGAGCACUUUCCCUGCUUAGGUGGAGGCAGCAGACAAUUAGGAACGUGGUUUACCAGCCCUGGUGUUGUCUGAACCCUAUUUGAGAACACAGUUUACAGUGUAGUGAAUUCUUUUGAUUGCAUUAGACAGAUUUUGGAGCUAGACUGCAUUCAGAGCCUGCAUCCUUUGCAUCCCAGGAGGCUAUUUUAUCCAAAAUACUUUUUUUUUUUUUUUUAAGUUUAUUAAAGCCGUAUUUCUUAUCCCACCAAGUUAUGAGAAAAACUGAGUUUAUCAGUUUAAGCUAACAUAUACAGCUGUGAAAAUGUGAAGAAGAUGAAUACAUUGCCAUAUAUCUAUCUCUGAAGUCCUUUCCAUUUUUCCUCUUUCUCAAAGUGGGUUUGGGGGAGCUCAGCAUUCACUGUUACUUUACAGUUCUCAAACUGGCAUUGGGCUUCAGAAGAGAAAGUAGCUGAUGUGGUUAGACUUUCAGGUGGCUUGUGUGGCUCUCUUCAGAUUGAUUGUGUGAGGUUUCAAGGAGAGCCAGCCACCUGUUUUGUCUUGGUUGUAUCUGUGCAUUCCUGCUGGCUGUCCUGCUCAUUCUCAGAACUGUUCCUAGCAUAGAAUAUGUGGCAGCACCAAAUUUUCAGAGGCGAGGCCUUGAAAUCAGAAGUUGCUUUGUGUUCACUGAGGUGGUUAUUUUGUAUGGAUCAGGUGAGCAGUCUCACCAAAUGUAAACUGAGCUCCGGCUUCUUCAGCCGUUCAUUGUGAAGGUCAGAUGAGAUUUCAUGGGAACGUUUUGAAAAUAAUUGUCUAGAUUCCAGGUAACUUUUUUCUUUCUCCGUAUGUAUUUGUGUAAUUUUCCUAGAGAAGCAGGCCUGAAAACAGGAUAUUGAUGCUAUCCCCCUGCUUUUGCAAAUUAGAAGUAAAGGUAAUUUGGGAUGUGCAAAGUGACUGGUGGACUCACCAUCCCUGGAAGUGUUCAAGAAACUUGGAGUUGUGGCACUGAGAGACAUCGUUCCGUGGGCAAUAUUGGUGGUAGAUGGAUGGUUGGACUAGAUGAUCCUAGAAGUCAUUCCCAAUCUUAAUGAUGUUCAGUGUUCAAUGACACCACAACCUGAGUGAUAAAGUGGGUGUGAAAAAGGUGAAACCUUCAGAAUUUAUUUUUUUUCAUGAAGAUGUGUAUGUGGAAAGGAAACAACCUUAAAUUGGCGAACAAAACGUCAUUAAAAUACAUUUUCGUUUUCCUUAACACAAUUUGCAUACCUUUUGUUUUAUGGGAGAUGGAAAACAUGAUACUGGCCAUUGAGAGCUCCUUCUGCAGGAGGGUCUGGCAGCUCAGAGCUCACCAGAGGAUUUAACUUUUUUUUUUUUUUUUUCCUUUUUGCUUACAUCUUAAAACAUGACCCACCUGGGAGGAGAUGUAUGCAUUACUUCAGUCAGCAAUCCCGUUUUUCGCUAAGAAGGAGUUUUAUGCUCUUUCCCAUCACAGUUUUGCCCACAGAGAAUGUUUAAAACCCCUGAGUCAGGCCUUAGAAAAUAAAUAGGUAAGCCACACAGCUGACUUAAGGCAUGAUGCAUGUCUUGCUGGCUUUGAGUUUCAGGGUGUUAAGCCUUAAUCCUUAGCCCAGGAAGGCCAUUACCAGCAGAGGCUGUCCCUUCACACAUGAGGUGCGCCCAGCUGAGAUUUCAUAGAAUCAUAGAAUGGUUUGGGUUGGAAGGGACCUUUAAGAUCAUCUAGUUCCAACCCACUGGUAUAUGCAGGGACACCUCCCUUUAGACCAGGUUGCUCAAAGCCCCACCCAGCCUGGCCUUGAAUGCUUCCAGGGAGGCGGCCUCCACAACCUCACUGUGAAUACAGCCUGUUCCAGUGUCUCACCACCCUUACAGUAAAGAAUUUCUUCCUAAUAUCUAGUCUCAAUCUACCCUCUUCCAGUUUAAAACCAUUUCCCCUUGUCCUGGCACUACCUGCCCUUAUAAAAAGUCCCUUCCAGCUUUCCUGUAGGUCUCCUUCAAUUAAGGGAAGGCUGCUGUAGGGUCCCCUUGGAGCCUUGUCUUCUCCAGGCUGAAGAGCCCCAGCUCUCUCAGCCUGUCCUCACAGUACAGAUGCUCCAGCCCUCUGAUUGUUCAUGGCUCUCCUCUGGACCGGCUCCAACAGCUCUAUGUCCUUGUACAGUACUCCAGAUGGAGUCUCACAAGAGCAGAGCAUUGGGGCAGAAUCACCUCCCUACUGGUCACGCUUCUCUUGAUGCAGUCCAGGAUACGGUUGGCCUUCUGGGCUGUGCUGUACCUCUGGAUGAGCUCAGGGGUCCUCCUGCUUUUGCAGCCGCCUUGCAGGAUAGGACAGGACCCCGGAGGGACAGGAUAAAUACACGUAUACAUGAGUAUAUAUAGACAGAUAUGUUCCUUGUGCUUGCAGGAGGAGGCUGUGAGGCCUGGCAGAGGGCUCCUGGCUGGGAUGCCCUGAAUGCUCCUCAUUGCUACAGCCCCCCCCCACGUUUGUUUCGGAGCCUGGAGAGCUGCAGAGGAAGCUCGGGCUCUGCAAGGAACAUGGCUGUCCCCAGCACGGGCUGCCUCCCGGCGGCCCCUUUAAGGAGCGCGACCCGCAGCCGGCUGGCUCACCCGCCCGCUUGUUUCGCUUCCCCCGCCCCUGCCUGAGACACUCGGAGUCAAAGCAGGUGCAUGCGCAGUGUGCUGGCAGCCGGGCGCGCGUGCGCAGUCACCUGCUGGCUGCCACCCCUCCCUCCGCGCUCCUCCCCGCCGGUACAUCCGGGUCACCGCACGCCCGCCCGCCUGGCCGGUCCCCUGUGGUGCUUUGCAGCUCGCCCCCUCCCCCUCCUCCCCCCUCCCCUCAGUGCGGGCGGCUCCGGCGCUGUCGCCAUCCGCCCCUGCCCUGCGCGGGGUCCGGUCCGGCCCGGCCCGGCCCAGGGAGGCGGCGGCUCCGGCUCCGUCCGCAUCGCCGGGCGGCUCGAUUCUGAAGACAAGCUGCUGCAUCGGUUAUCUGGGGAAGAGGAGUUCUCUCUUAAGACUGCAAGAAGAUACUACCAACUGAGUGGAGGCCAAGAACAGAGUGCAGCACUGGCUGUAGAUGCCCAACCUACAGAAUCUGAAAAGGAAAUUUAUAAUCAGGUGAAUGUAGUGUUAAAGGAUGCAGAAGGAAUACUGGAAGACUUGCAGUCAUAUAGAGGAGCUGGCCAUGAAAUACGAGAGGCAAUACAGCAUCCCAAUGAUGAGAAACUGCAAGAGAAGGCAUGGGGCGCAGUUGUUCCAUUAGUAGGCAAACUAAAGAAAUUCUAUGAAUUUUCUCAAAGACUAGAGGCAGGAUUGAGAGGUCUGUUGGGAGCCCUGACAAGCACUCCGUAUUCACCAACACAACACCUGGAGCGAGAGCAGGCUCUUGCUAAGCAGUUUGCAGAAAUUCUUCACUUUACCCUCCGAUUCGAUGAGCUCAAGAUGACAAAUCCUGCUAUACAGAAUGACUUCAGCUACUACAGAAGAACUCUGAGCCGUAUGAGGAUUAAUAAUGUCCCAGCAGAAGGAGAAAAUGAAGUAAAUAAUGAGUUGGCAAACAGAAUGUCUUUAUUUUAUGCUGAAGCAACGCCAAUGUUGAAAACCUUAAGUGAUGCUACAACAAAAUUUGUGUCAGAGAAUAAAAAUUUACCAAUAGAGAAUACUACAGAUUGUUUAAGCACCAUGGCUAGUGUGUGUAGGGUCAUGCUGGAAACCCCUGAAUAUAGAAGCAGGUUUACAAAUGAGGAAACAGUAUCAUUCUGUCUGAGGGUAAUGGUGGGUGUCAUCAUACUCUAUGACCACGUGCAUCCGGUGGGCGCUUUUGCCAAAACUUCUAAAAUUGAUAUGAAAGGAUGCAUCAAAGUUCUUAAAGACCAGCCUCCUAACAGUGUAGAAGGCCUUCUAAAUGCUCUCAGGUACACAACAAAGCAUUUGAAUGAUGAGACUACCUCCAAGCAAAUUAAAUCCAUGUUGCAAUAACAAUUACCUGGAACUCGCACCUGCUGUAGACAGACAGUAUUCUGCAAUGACUGAGAUGCACAGAUUUUUUUUUUAGUGAUUGCAACUACUAUCUCAUUCAUUCUUGCUUUGUAUUUUUUUUUCUCUCUUCCUGUUUACCUUUUUUUAAUCACUUUCUUGUUCUUAAGUAAGCUCAGACUUCUUUUCUGUGCCAAAUCAAAAAUUACAAUUCUGGAAAGUUUCUACAUUUCAGAAUAGCCAUCCUAAGUGGCAGCUAAUUAUGCGUUGUAUUUGGAUUUCUCUGUACUGGGGAAAGAUUUGUGACUUGAACUAAAUAUUUUUAAACUUGUGGUUUUUUCUUUUUUUGAAAAACUAAUAUUUAAUAUUGCUUCUUCUGCAUGGCAAGACUGCCUACUUCUGCUAUUUAAAAAUCCCUUGAUGACUUCAUUUUCUAUUGCAGCUUAUUUUCAUGUGCAACCAUGAGGAAACUAAAAGCAGAUUUGUUUAAAUUAACUGUGUUUGUACAAAAUGGUACCCAACACAAAGGUUUUUUUAAAUGAGUAAAAACUGUUUUGUUUAAAAGUUACGUUUGCAUUUUGACUCAUUUUUGUAAGGAUGUAUGUUGUAUGUUUAACCUUUAAUAACUAACGUUAAACUGUGGUGUGUGCGUAGCAAAAUUACGUAUGCAUGUUCAUGUCAAAUGAUUGGCUGUGGAUAAGAUAAUAAAAUCAGCUUUCAUUUUUCUAA